ACCUAAUACAUACGAACAGAGGCUGGUGUAUGACAAUGACGUAAUAGCCAUUGGCAUCCUCAAAGCCACAAGCGAUGAUGAAGACAAUGAUGAAUCAACCACACAUGAUACAGCCAUAGUUCAAGCUACACAAAAAAGGAAUUCAUAGCUGUUAACAUCUUAUUUUAGCUCAUAGGAUUAUGUCCCCAUAUUUAUUCUUCUUCAUCCCUAGACAUCAAGUAUCAGAUACUUGUAUAUCAAGAUUCAAGAGAAAGAAAGCCGAGAAAUCUAGGUGAGGUCGAAUACGACUAUACGCGUACAGAUGCAGCUGAGCGUUCGCCGUUCUCAGCCACACAAUAUAUAAUAAUAUAUAACAUGGCCACAACCAAUGAGACGGAGACACAGGGGGGCUUGGGGCGACAGCUACAUGAUGACGACACCAAAUCGACAGUUCACUCUGGAAAGCUCAUUUAUGCAAAACCCCAAGACCUUCCGAGCUUCCCGUCUAUUGGCCUCUCAAAAAAAGGAUCCGCAGCGAGUGCAGCAGCUGCUUUAGGUUGGGUCUCCAAUACAUCACCUGAGCUGUGGAAGCCGGACAAAUCCGCUCCAGCUUCAGCUGCCGCUGUCAUGGCGAAAGAUUAUAAGCUGAGUCCCGCCUGGGAACCCGUUCCUAGCCAGCACAGCGCCAAAGCCGCUCUGUUCGCCUCACAAUCUGCCAUGAGCGUCACCAAGCCCGCGAAAUCCACAACUCCCGAUCCUGGCCAUUCUGCCGCAAAUCUGGCUUUCAAGUCGGAUCGGAGCGUACCUGGUUCUGCCUAUGGGAGCACUCUGGAGCGCCACAGGUCGCUACUUGCUGCGAAAGGUGCCAUGGCGAACCGCCAGAGAGCGAAGUCCUCGCCGAUUCCUAAGGAAUCGUAUCCGGAUGAGGCGAAUGCUGCUGCUAAUGCCCUAAGCGCUGCGACCCGAGCUCAUAGGCCAAUUCGGUCACCGACAAUAAGCGAAACCGGCGAGAAUGCCGGCUCUGUCCCUUACACUAAUAUGAACAGGCAGAUGUUCACAUCGCGACCACCAGUUAAAUCCGAAGUUGACGAUCAGAAGAGAGCAGAUAUUCUUCAUGCUUCUGCUGUCGCAAUGGCCAAGAAGAUGUAUACUCAGCAGCAAAAAAUGAUUGAUGCCAAAAAGGCACAUGAUAAUGCUAACCCUCCUCAAGAGAAUGCCGAUGCUUUUAGCAGCGUCAGCGAUGAUGCACAACCUAUACAUCUUACUACUUUGCAAGACGCGGCUUACAAGCAAGCACAAGCACGUCUAGCUAAGAUGCACGAAGAGCACUUUAAGGGUCGGGAAUACCAGGAAUAUUACGGGGCUAAGCCGCUCACGCAACGGUUUUCAAUCAGGAGUAAGCUCAGGAAAAGGGCUUCGAGCGACGGCGAUGUUAUUGAAGACCGCAGGCGAUCACAGCAGAUUAGGCAACAGAUGUCUUUAUUCUCCAGCAAAAUUUCUGAAGUCGACGACCAAAAGCGGCAGCAGGAUCAAGAGAUAUUACUCGCUGCAGCUCAGAGGAACGUGCACGAACGUUUGAAAGGGAUGGACGAGAAGAUAUCCGCCGAGACGGGAAUGGUCCACCCGUCCACUCCAACACAAUGGGAAAUGAAAGCACACGCUAUAGCCCAGGCUAAGGCAGAGCAGCGCAUAGGUCAGAGGCACGGACAGAUCGAUAUUGGUGCCGGAAAGCAUAUGAGCCAAGAUGAAAUCGACGCAAUCGCCGCGGCGAGGGUCAGGCCUAUUUUAGAUGAAAUCAACGAAAGGAUUGAGGAAGAGCAGGCAAGGCAAACAGAAUUACGUCUCGAGAUGGAGAAGAAGAAAGAAGAGGAGGAGAUCGAAAAAGCUCGGCAAAAGGAAAUCCAGGAUAUCAAUAAACGACUUAAGGAACAAGAUAAGCAAGAGCAGAAAGAGAGGAGGGCAGAGGAGAAACACGAAGCCAAGGCGAGGAAAGAAGAAGAAAAAGCAGCUAAAGCAGAACAGAAACGGCUAGCGAGGGCCGAGAAACGCAGAUCUACGGCUGAGCGAUCCGGGGAAAGUCAAGAUGAGCCGGACCCUACAAGUGGAACAGUAGUCAUGAAUACCGCGGGCCAACCUGUCAGUAUGCCUCCACUAGAACCGGAAUUCGCCGCCGCCGAAAACGCCGAAGACGGAGUAGUGGAUCGGGAGUCGGUGUCACCCGGCGAAGGGUCGUCGAGAGGCGGCGUUAAGACAUGGUUUAAAAACCGCUUUUCUCGGGGCGCGAAGCAACCGGAAGACAAAGGCAAAUCGGUCGAGAGGGGUUUCGUCGGUGGGGCCGCCUUGAUGGGCGUUAAUAGCUCUACGAGCAUAGAUAAUCGUAGCGCUAGCGUGCGUGCUGUUGCGAUGGCGGGACGCGGGCGGACUACUAGUCUGGAGGACGAGGCUGCCGGCGCGGCGAUGCCGGUGAGCAGUUGGAGCGAUGACGAGAACGAGUAUUUCCGCGACGAGGCGCGAGAUCGGCCCGGGACGCCGUUGACGCCGCCUAGACCGCUUCGCUCGUCGGUUGCGAGUCAUAGUCCCAGUCGGGACUCGAAGUUUGUGGAGAUGGUGUGAGGCGCGAAGGUUACCCAAGGUGUGCUAUUUUAUCGCGAUAUACACGUUUUGCGCGCGGAUGUAGUUGUUUCUAAGACUGCUUUCAACUUGCAGUCGUGUAUGCGUUUAGGAAUGGUUGGUCGUCAACAUAUUUCAUUGGGAACUGAGGACAUUUUGGCUAGUAUAAUCGGGUAAGACAACAACCGCAAGGAAGGAUAUAGGAACUUUGGUUUUCUUGUGCAGAAUUGGUUUAUUGGUUUUGCUUGCUUGGCGUUGAUUUACGUACUGCGUUUAUGUAUAGGGGGUGGUGGUGGUGGUGGUGGUGGUUUGAUCGAACAUAUUUGUAUAACAGCGCCAAUACCCCCUUUUCUUACUUCCCUACAUAGGUGAAAAGUUGACAUUUUGAAUCUCAGUCCGUCGAUGUUUGAUUUAUACGGUUUGUAUCCAAUAUCUUACAAAUGACACUUGCUAGUGCCUAAGGUUUGCCUUUGGUGGGAUUAUUUAUUGUGUCAAAUGCGAGUAAAUUUUCUUAUUUGGGACAUAUGUCUUAUUGCCUUUGCGAAUUUUCCCUGCCUUGUAAGAAAUACAUAAGAGAUAAA